AUGAACUUUUUGAUGCAUCAUGAUGCCACCGGAGCCUCAGACAUCUCCCGGACCAGUGGAAACUGCUCUCAUGACCCUUGGAUGCUCGACAGAGUCUCGAAGCUGCUUACGAGUCAUAUCUCCAAGUCAGACGAAGAAGACUAUGAAUCUGCCAGGCUCAAGGCCUCUAUCGGAAUUGCCCUCUUCAAGUACGUGAUGAGAUAUGGACAGGGCGACGGUCGUUACUUCAACCGUGAUCGUUUAGUCACAUCAGGGCGUUAUACCAGCAAAUGGCAAGAUAUAUUCGUGCAUCUAAUUGCAGCAAAGGGUGUCGCCGUUGACCCGAUCAGAUUUUCCAACAUCCUUUCCCGAACACCAAAUCCUACCUGCCAUUCAGGCCCGUCAAUCUCGAAUGCCAUUGGCCUCGCAAUUGCAAUGAAAAACUUGGCAAUGCUCUAUAACAAGCCGGGCUUGAAUCUCUUAGAUAACAUGAUCUGGUGUGUCAUUGACGAUGCCAAGUUUCAGCAAGGCAGUGUUCUUGAGAAAGUCGCCCUCGCUGGCUGCUGGAAGCUAAAGAACCUCUGCGUUAUCCACGAUGGCAUCGGUGGCGCUAUGAGCCCUAAUCUUGACCUUUCCAAGUUCAAGAAGCACGGCUGGAACGUAAUUGAAGUGGUGAAUGACAACAACCUCACUAUCCUUGCCCUUUGCAUGGCUCUUGGAACCUCAAGAAGAAGCGAUGUGCCAACCGUUGUCAGUAUCCAACCUCCAGAUGGCUCGACGUCACACAAGCUGCCCUUCCCUCCCAACGACAGCACUCCAUUUCACCUCCUUCUCGAACAGUACGACUUUUUCCAAGAUGUCUGUAAGAGGAGCGAAGUCUAUGAGGCUGAUUGGCUGGCAAAAGUCGGAGCAUAUCGAGAGCUGUACCCAGCGCUUGCUAAGGAAUUUUGGGAUAACGUUGCCGGCAAGAAUCUUGUUAAGCCAACCGGACACCAACAUUAUCCCAAUGCCACUGCGGGCCCUUUAACUCCACCACUAUCGCCUUGGUCCGCUGAACUCCGUUCUCGGAGAACAAGACAGAGCCCGCUCAGAAGAGGAAGGCCGUCACAACGACCAAGCAAGCGCUCCGCGCCAGGCGGAGCAACAUACGAAGCCUUACACAUCCGCCCCUGUGACGCCGAAGAGGUUGCAGGCGCCUUUCUCGUGUCCAUCAGAUCGACCGAGUUACCGACAACGAUUUCCCUACCGAAGAACGGUGCCACAAGCUUUUCUGGCCACUCGUCUCGUCUAGGCGUGACCCACGGAGGUUAUGUAUUCUCUAACUAUCACGAUGGGUACUUUGAUUUGACCCUUAUAACCGCGGGUGUUGGAAUCCACUACGCCAUGGGCACCCGUGAUUUUCUCCUAAGGAACUACUGUCUGAAAACUAGGAUAGUGUCAUGUCCCUGCCUCAAACUCUUUCAGCUGCAGACAGAGGAGUACAAGAGAUCUGUCCUUCAGCCUCAGAGUGGGAGACCAGCAGUGGCGAUUGACUUUGGGAACAGUCAAGGGUGGGAGCCAUACGCGGACGCGCUGGUCUCGUUGGAGGAAGGCAAUGAUGAAGAAAUGGGGGAUAACCAACCUGAUAGGAUUGGACCGAGGGUUAGAGAUUUCGUUAAAGAGUUUAAGGAGAGAAGGGCGAAAUGA